GUGUAGUAUCUCUGAAAAGGGAAAAGUCACCCUUAACUUUGAAGUCGCUGUGUAGCUUGAAAGUGAUGUUCAUUUAAGUAAGCUUAUUAAACUGACUAAACUGCGGGCAGUAACAACCAUCCUCUCUGACUCCACUUUUAUUUCACCACAAAUCUCUCUCUCUCUCUCUCUCUCUCUCUCUCUCUCUCUCUCUCUCUCUCUCUCUCGCAUCUCUUGUCUGGGAGGAGGAGGGGGAGUCCUGCCUCUUUGCCUUCCUCAGAUCAAUGCCCUGGCCACUCACUUUCUGAUGUUGCACGACGGGAAAUGCUUUGAAUACUUGCGACAUGGCUGCGCGCAUUGAUUGCCAAGAUUGACGGCAGCUCUACCCAUCGUCUUCUCUUGUCUGCGUGUGCGUGUGUGAGAGAGAGAUAGAGAGAGAGGGAGAGAGAGAGAUAAAGAACAGGUAGGCGAACAACAAAAGGCACUUGUAGUUUUGGACAGCUGAACUUCACGGGAUCCCCCCCAUACACAGCCGCGUGUGAGUAGACUUAAGUUUUCACUCAACAGAUAGCUCAGAGAUCAUUUUCUACAAAGUCUAGCUGAGUGUGGCAGUCUUCACGCACGGGAAAGGACGCACAGUUAUCUUCUCCACGGCUCGGAUCAUCAAGGUUAUUUACAUGAAUUCAAAAUCAGCCGACCAGUGAUCGCUGGAAGCUGGGGAUUGAGUCUUUCAGUUUUUAACCCCACACGCUGACAUGGAGGGCUUUCUACGUAGCAGCUUUUUACUGAGCAGAGUCAUGUCUUCCAAGCAAGCCACGUCUCCUUUCGCCUCCGUGGUUGAUGGGGAUGAUGCCAUGAGUCAGGAGCACUUGUCUUGGGAGAAAGAGGACAGUGCCGAGGCCCAUGGCACACCACAGCUGCCCCUGCACAGUCUGCUGCACGGAAAAGCCCAUCCCGAUGAAAUGCAGCCGCUCAGCAGCGUACCGCCAGAGAGCGACUGGGACAGCUUGGUGUCAGCCCAACAGCGUAUGGAAUCUGACAGCAAUAAAGUAUGUUCCCUGUACUCCUUCCGGAACAAUUCUACUUCCCCACACAAGCCGGAGGAGGGGGCCCGGGAGCGAAGCGACCUGCUGAGCGGAUCAGCGUUUGGAACUCCGGAGCGCCGCAAAGGAAGCCUGGCAGAUGUAGUGGACACGCUGAAGCAGAAGAAGUUGGAGGAGAUGACAAAGACAGAGCAAGACGAAUCCUCAUGCAUGGAGAAACUUCUCUCUAAAGACUGGAAAGAAAAGAUGGAGAGGCUCAACACCAGUGAACUUUUGGCAGAAGUAAAAGGGACUCCAGAGAGCCUGGCAGAAAAGGAACACCAGCUCUCCACAAUGAUCACCCAGCUGAUCAGCCUGCGAGAGCAGCUUCUGGCUGCCCACGACGAACAGAAGAAACUCGCCGCCUCACAGAUGGAGAAACAGAGGCAGCAAAUGGAGUUAGCUCGUCAGCAGCAGGAGCAGAUUGCAAGACAACAGCAGCAGCUUCUGCAGCAGCAGCACAAAAUCAACCUCCUCCAGCAGCAGAUCCAGCAGGUCCAGGGUCACAUGCCUCCGCUCAUGAUCCCCAUUUUUCCACACGACCAACGCACUCUGGCAGCAGCCGCCGCCGCCCAGCAAGGCUUUCUCUUCCCUCCGGGAAUGUCUUAUAAGCCAGGUGAUAACUACCCGGUGCAGUUCAUUCCAUCCACAAUGGCAGCUGCAGCAGCGUCAGGACUCAGCCCCCUUCAGCUUCAGCAACUGUAUGCCGCCCAGCUUGCCAGCAUGCAGGUCUCUCCUGGAGCCAAGAUGCCUCCACUCCCCCAGCCCCUCAAUGCAAGUGGGCCCAUUUCUCCCUCCUCUCUGAAGAAUGACAAGAGUUCCUCCAGCCCCAUCACUCAAGUCAAGGAGGAAGGAACACAGCCGCUCAACCUGUCUGCUCGGCCAAAGACGACAGAACUGGUCAAAUCCCCCACAUCCCCGACACAAAACCUGUUCCCUGGCAGUAAAAACAGCCCUAACAGUCUCAUCGGCAAGGGUGGUAUCCCCAGCCCACUCGGAGGAGGCCUGGGACGGGGCUCAUCUCUGGAUAUUCUGUCAAGCCUAAACUCUACCGCGCUGUUCGGGGACCAGGACACAGUGAUGAAGGCCAUCCAGGAGGCUCGGAAAAUGAGGGAGCAGAUCCAGAGGGAACAGCUGCAACAUCACCAGCAGGGCAUGGAGGCCAAGCUGUCCGCCCUCAGUUCAGUGGGCCUCAACAACUGCAGAGUUGACAAGGAGAGGGCGCAUUUUGAGAGCAUUGGGCACCACCUCGGCAAGCUGGGUGAGGAAGGGAAGAUCGGCCACAGAGUUAUUGACCUCACCAGGCCAGAGGAUCUAGAUGGGUCCAAGGAAGUCAAUGGCUCUGCAGAUAAACCCCAACCCUAUUAUUGUUGGCCAACAGGAGGCGCUGGAUCUACUGAGGCCCGAGUCUUCAGGGAAUCUCGAGGAAGGAACAACAACGAACCCCACAUUAAAAGGCCGAUGAAUGCAUUCAUGGUGUGGGCCAAGGAUGAGCGGCGCAAGAUCCUCCAGGCCUUUCCCGACAUGCACAACUCCAACAUAAGCAAGAUUUUGGGUUCUCGGUGGAAGGCCAUGUCUAACCAGGACAAGCAGCCAUACUAUGAGGAGCAGGCCCGUCUGAGUAAGCUCCACCUAGAGAAGUACCCAAACUACAAGUACAAGCCGCGGCCUAAGAGGACCUGCAUUAUUGACGGAAAAAAACUCCGCAUUGGAGAGUACAAGCAGAUGAUGCGCUCACGGCGACAAGAGAUGAGGCAGUUCUUCACUGUGGGACAGCCACCACAGAUUCCCAUCACUACCAGCGCCAGUAUGGUCUAUCCCGGGGCCAUCACCAUGGCGACCACCACACCCUCACCUCAGAUGACAUCAGAGUGCUCGAGUGCCUCAGCAAGUCCUGAGCCAUCCAUUCCUGUCAUUCAGAGCACCUACAACAUGAAGCUAGAGCCCAAUACAAUGGCAAACAACAGCGAGCCGGUCAAUGGCGAGGAUGAGAUGGACAUGUACGAGGAUUUUGAGGACGAGCCCAAAUCAGACUAUAGCAGUGAAAAUGACACACAAGAGCCAGUCAGCGCCAACUGAGACCUCUUUAAUCGAAGAGGCCAAUGCAGACACAACACUCAUACAGGACGACGCCCAGAGGGUUGGCCUGAUCUGAGGGAAAGAGCAAAAGAAAACAAAAACUACACCACAAAGGUUUAAAAAUGUUGUUUUUUAAAAAAAGAUAAUGAUGUAUCGUUUAGGAGCCAGCAUGCAGAUGUGGCUUCAUCAGAAUCAAAAGCUAUUUGGUCUUAAGUGUUUCUUCAAGUGUGUGAAGCAGUUUGGUUGUGGUAAUUUAGAUUUUUUUUUCUCAUUGUUUAUUUUUUUCAUUGUGAUCAUGGACAUUUACACAAUUAGUUUAUUGCCUAGAACAAAAGACGGAACUUGAAAUUGAACAUUUGAUAUUUGAUAUGUGUAUAUCAAAUAUCAAUAUUUGAUAUAAGAUUUGAAUUCUUACAAUAAUUUACCUUGUUUUCCUCUUUAAUUAGAUCCUUUUGAUAUAUUACAUAACUGUUCAAGAUGGGAAUAAUAUACUCACUCAGGUAUAGUGUGCCAGCCAACAGCUUGUGAAUGUUUAAAAUCAAGAGUAAAAUAUUACCAGUACAAAAUAUCUCAAAAUUCAUAUGGAGUGAUUCCAACUUAAUACAGAGGGACAUUACACAUUAUUAUUAUUAUUAUUAUUAUUAUUAAUCAUGUUUUUGUUGUUGAUUGUUAUUAUAGAAAAUUUAGUGCAGAAGUGCCAAACAUUUCAAGUUGUUUCUAAAAUCUGUAAAGUCUUUUGGGAGAGGCUUCGUGAGUCUUAGACAAUCUCUUGAUCUCUUAAUGCAGCUUCAUUAUCCAGUCUUUCUUUAAUUUACCCUAAGAGAAUAAACAAAUGAAACUCAGGAACUUGGAGGCAGCAGGCUCUGCAGGAGGUUACAGUAUAUGACAUCUUUGGUUGGUAGCCUGUGAUGCUAGCUGUUCUCCAGGGAGCCCAAUGCAGUGAUCAUCAAUGAAACCGGCCAGCCCUUUCAUUUCCUCAUCCCAGUCCACACAGAGCACUGUGGCAUCUUUCACUCAUUUCCAGCUCUGCAACCCAGUCUGACUCACCAAGUUCUUAAUCAGAGUGAUUGUAAUCAGGCCAGAAUGCUAAAAGGCCAAAGGCCUCCAAUCUGUGGGAUUGGAACAGCAGUGAAAGGCAGCUUUGGGGGCAUUACAAUCUCAAAUUGAUGUUGUACAAUGUGUAGCUACAGUAUGUUCUGUUAAACACUUUAGCCCCAUUUGGACGGCAAGUUUAAAGUCUUAGGUCUUAGAACUUCUUUUUUUUUUUUCAAUCUUAAUUCUUUUUAGACAUUGUAAAUCUUAAACUGACACUAAGAAGUCUUAAAGCAGAGCACAGUCAUCGGGUUGAUGCAAUGAGUUGAUUACUGAAGCAGUCUUAAAAGAAUUGAAAGUUUAUGAGGAUAUUUCUAAACAGAGAGAAAAGGCUAAUAUCAAAUGUUUCUUAAAUUACCUUGUCAUAUACAUACAUAUGACAAGGGUUACUUAAAAAGACAUAUGUUUGCAUGAGUGCACUUACAUAAAUUCUCUUUCUGCCACCUUGAGCCUUAUUUUGUAAUUUCUAGUAAUCUUAUCAGCUUUUGGAAUGCAUUUAUCUUUUGCAUUUAAAGAAGACAACAUGCAAUGACUCAGAAACAACAAGGACACAGUCUCUAUCCUAAAAAGGCUGACAAGCAGUGACCUUCUGCAGACUGCAGCUAGAUAAAGCUCCUCUAGCGGUCAAGGCCUUGAUGUUGCCACUCAGAUCCUCUUUACAGGGCAGAAGGUCUAAGUGGCUCCCCUCCCUGCCAUGCCCUGCUCUGACCCCUGCCUGUGGCAACCUCAGCACCCAGGGGGCGCCAUCUGGCUCAGAGAAGGAGAAAACACCAGGGAGGGGUGGGAAACAAUAAAAAUGGGGUGUGUGUCCCUCAUUGUGCUCUCCAUCAAAGUGCUGGAAGUAAGGCCUCAACAGGGCUCCCACCCUGGCCCAAUCACCAGGCACUGGCGAGCAGAUGGAACAAGUACAUCAAGCUGUGGGGGAUUAUUAAAAUGACUGACGACUGGGUAUCAUCUGAAAUACAGCAUUAUUAAUGCAUGAGUCCAGCUAUUCCCCUCCCUUGCCCUUGAACCUGUCCAUUUCAGAAUGAGAGCAGAGCUUUUUGAAGGAUCUGAAUGGCUGGUCACUGUAUUUAACUGUUAAGAUCCCCAAUGCUGGUCACUGCAUUUUUCUCCCAGCUCUAAUUGGUACAGAUGGCUCUUUAUAUCUCUUUAGCACUGUUAUCUUCUGUACUCGCAUUGUCAAUACCCAUUCAGUGCUGACUUGCAUUGUUUCUACUUCUUGGAAGCAUUUAUAUUAAGUCUUGUAGGUUUUUUUAACCACCACUCAUUAAUAAUUCCUAUUUUUUUCCCAUCACAUCUUUUCUACAUUGUUCUCAUUUUGAGGUACAAAACAUUUUAAGGAUGCUCUCCUACAAACAAGCCCAAGUGGAUUUCCCUCCAAGUCAACCUGUUUGGUAUUUUUAAGCUGUUUGCUCCUGUUUGCUGGUGGUUAGAUUGAUUUGUAUGUGACUGUAAAUAUUUUCAUGACCAUGCCACAUUGCUUUAGGUGGCUGGUAGUUAAAAAGGACUCUUCACGGAACUGAAACUUGACUGUGCUUAUAUAGCAAAAGAAAAAAAAAAAAAAAAAAAAAAAAAAAAAGACAAAAAAAAGGAAAGAAAGAAAAAAAAAUGACAACAAGAACUCAUGAGGAGACGAUGUUUCAUAAGUGUUAUAAGCACUGGAUAUAAAUUGUAUUUUUAUCAAUUCUGAUUAAUGUGAAGCUGUUUGAGGAAAAACACCAUGAAUGAACAAAAUUACCCAGUUGGACUCAAGUGGGUUUGCUCUCGCAGUUGCCAGAUUUGAGUCUUUUUUUUUUUUUUUUUUUUUUGUCUACUUAUUUUGUUUAUUUAUGCAAAGACACAUGAUGAUGAAUGAAUACUUUCUUUAAGCUUCAGGGCUGCCUAGGGGAGACACUCAGCACAAGAAAGUGAGCAGAAAAUUCAACAGCAGGCUCGGUUAGACGUGAAACACCAGACUUCAGACUUCAGUGCAUUGUAUAUUGUAUUUGAAACUGUAGAGUAUCAACAUAUUGUAUUUAUUAUUAGCCACUGCUGGCUCUAAAAUUGUCAGUAAAAACAACAACAACAUGGACAAUCAAAGAAGAAAAAAACACGUUUGAUGAAUUGGAGCUAAAUAUGGUUUUCAGUGAAUUCACCAUCUCAUUUAGAUUUUAUUGUAAAUAUAACAUAGGAAAUAUAUUUUUGUUCAUUAGUAAAGUAUAAGUUAUGUAUUUGGCUGUUCUAUUUUAUUUUCAUUUUUAUGUUUUAUUUUUGUACAUGGUUUCAUGUUUUUAAAACCUGACAAGUCACUGUACCUCAUGUAGAUGCUGAUUUUUUUCUCUUUAUUGGAAGAGAGCAGUAUUGGACCUGAGACAGAGAGAAGCACCUCACUUGCUUAUGUUUUGAUAAUCUUCCCUGGACUAUUCAAAUAACCAAUCAAAAUAAAACUCAUUAGACUUGUGAACAUAGGAGUCAUUGCAAGUAAGGUACUCAUUUAAACAAAAAGCACUUGAUGUAUAAGAAUUAUUCAAUUAUUGUUUUCCCAAUCAUGAUACAAUCUAAGUGUUAUGCUGUAUAUCCUCACUUGUGUUUUGUGUUUAUUACAGAACUCAUUAUGUGGCAAAUUUCUUAUGGGGAGCUGAUAUAAGCUGAAAAAAUUUGCAUGCAUUUGGCUUGCAUUUACAUUAUCAUGAUAAACAAAGGUGUUUUUGUGAAUGACUGUUUCAAACACAAGUGAUGUUUUUAGAUUUUUUUUUUUUUUCCAAAAGGUGGGAGUGUGCAAAUAUUUAUUUGUUUUAAUGUGGCAAAAUGCACAGACAGUGCAGCCUUCCUAGUUAAUUCUCUCCUUGCCAUGUUUUUGUAUGUUGCUGAUUCUUGAUGAACAUGUUCAUGACUAUCCAGCCAUCUGCAAAGGUAGCCCUCACAAUUGUUUUCUCUUAAUCCACUUGUUAGACAUGCAAAUGGUUUGAAUGAACAACUGAAGACAAAAGCUUGUAUGCUGUUUCAACAUUACUUACUGUAAUUUGAUUUUUUUUUUUUUCUGUCUGAACUUUGUGAUGUAUAUGGUGGGAAUGUUCUCUGUGUUAAUUUAAUCAGCACAAUUCACUGACAUGCUGGACUGACAUGCUAGCUGCUGUUCAGAAGUGUAAAAUUUGUUGUUCAGGGCAACAUUUAUAGUUGUCUUUGGUACUUUGCUUUUUAGAGUUGUCUCUCAAGCAACACUGUGUGUGGCUCUUCUAUCACUGGAGCCAUUGUUUUGAAAUUGCUGGCAGCCUGAUACAAUUUUCUGCGUAGAAAUCUUUUUUUUUGUUUUGUUUGUUUGUUUGUUUGUUUUUUUCCUGGCAGGUACCUAGGCCCAUGGCAAGUAUUGUUUGGGUGUUAUUAGAGAAAAUGAAAUACAUAGUGUCUGUUGCUGCUUUAAAAAAAAAAAAGUUUAUGUCUGAAUAUGUAAAUAGUUUAUCAUAAUAUCUUGUACAGUCCAAUGUAAAGUUUUUAAUUCAACUUAAAAAAAAAUGUUGCCAUCACAUUUGUGUUCACAUUCUUCUUUAUACAGUACAAAAGAUCAAUUAUUUGCUAGGGGUAUUAUUGCUAAAACUAAAAAAAAAAAAAAAAUGAAAAUGUUACUAAAUUUUUUUAAUGUUUGUUUUGUUUUGCUUGGCUUCAAAGUGUACACCAGCAAGUCUUUAGUUUCCAUGUGCAGUAUUGACGUGAGGUAAACUUAAGGUGAAUAAUUUUACAGUGGUGUGUGUGGAGAGCAAUCUCCUCAGCUUUGGUAGUAUUAAUACACUAUAUCAAGUAAAAACAAACCAAUGAGUGACACAUUUGGGUGCAUCUAGGCACCACAGAAAUGUGGAUACUGUAUAUGAUUAAAUUAUCCCCACAGGAUCAAUUCAGGCAUAUUAUAAUGUAACACCAUUUUCUGUGUGUCUCAGUCCAUUGUAACAAUGCAACAGUGGGCUGAAUAACUGCCUGUUUAAGCUCAUUUACCUCAAGAAUUUCCUCCUUUUCUGUAAAAGAGACAGAAAUUGUGUUACAGAAAGCUUCUCACAUCACUCCAUCUUUUGUACUGCUGUUGACACUUAAAAAUUAAAGAGACAUUUUGUUUUAA